AUGGGCAAACACAAACCCAUCUAUGAGCCCUCGACCGACUGCGGCGAUUACGUCGUAGCGACCGGCUGCACGGAUCUCCAUACCACGGGGAAAAAGAGGUUCCAAAAGAAGUAUUAUCGACAUACGACGCGGCCCGGGAGUUUGAAGGAGAUCACGAUGGAUAGGAUGUUUGAGAAGUGGGGGGGUGGGGAGGUGUUAAGGAGAGCGGUUAGGGGCAUGUUGCCGAAGAAUCGGUUGAGGGAUGAUCGGAUGGGGAGGUUGAAGUGUUUCGAAGGCUCGGCACAUCCUUAUAAGCAGAACAUUGUCAAGUCUGAGCGGCCGUCGAGCAUAACGCAGAGCGCUGAAGUGCAGGCGACACUUGCUCAGCAAGCGCAAUAA